CGCGCGCAGGCUUCGGCAUGCCGGCAACUCUCCGCGAGCAGCGGCAGCGCUGCCGCUGCUCGCGGAGAGGUCCGCGGAGCCUGGGCGCGCUGAUCUCAGCGCGCGCAGGCUUCGGCAUGCCGGCAACUCUCCGCGAGCAGCGGCAGCGCUGCCGCUGCUCGCGGAGAGGUCCGCGAAGCCUGGGCGCGCUGAUCUCAGCGCGCCCAGGCUUCGGCAUGCCGGCAACUCUCCGCGAGCAGCGGCAGCGCUGCCGCUGCUCGCGGAGAGGUCCGCGAGGCCUGGGCGCGCUGAUCUCAGCGCGCCCAGGCUCCGGCAUGCCGGCAACUCUCCGCGAGCAGCGGCAGCGCUGCCGCUGCUCGCGGAGAG